CCUGUGCAUAAUAAUAAUAAUAUGUCACUACGAUAUUAUGGCUUCCGAGGGCGGCGGCGAAUCGACUACCGUAAGUCGUCGUCGUCGUCGUCUGUCAUUCAGUCGGUCGGUCGGUGGAGGUUUGUCGGUCGGUCAUUUUGUCGUACACGUGACAUACGACCGCGUUUCAGGAACCAUGACCAUGCAGGCAGUGUUGGACGAAUUUUACGCGCAGAUCGUAGCAAAAUUGGAACGUGACGAGCUGAUUCCGGCCUACAAGCGGUCGAUGCAUCGCGAGUACCUGGCCACCGUGGUGGACGGGCUGUGCGGACAGUGGUGUGGCCGGAACAGGCGUAGCGCGAGCGAGGCCGCGGUGGCCGGCGCCGUGGCCUAUCACGGCCGCGUGGUCCGGGACAACGGGUCCGUAUGUCCGCUCGGCAAACACCACGACAUGUUGUACGUGAUGGCCCGCUUCGCCAUGGACGCGGACGCCGGUCCCGAAGCCGUAGCCGCCCUGUUGACCGCCAUUUACACGUGCGAGAAAACGUUGGAAAAGCUUUUCGAAGGCGCCGUGGUGGGCAGCAAAUUGGCUCGCAUGAUCAGCGGCCGGUGGACGGACUUCGGAGCGUCCGUUGCCGACAACCAGACGGCGUUGGACUUCUAUCUGGACCGGGCGACGCGCGCGCGACUCCUGCUCGACGGCCGCCGGAUGCAGGACGUCCGGAUGCGGUCGUACCGGGCGGCGCCCGUCAUGGUGGCCACGGCCACGGGAGACCUGGCCGCCGUGGCCAUGCUGUUGCGGUACGGCCCGGACGAGCGGUCGGUUCGCGGGGCCAUCCAGUACUUGCGCCGCCGUUCUGCCGACCGCGACCGCGGCCCGUCGUUCCCCGACCGCGACCAUUCGUGUCUGGAACUGUUGCUCAGGGCCGUGGCCUGCGAGCACGGCAGCGUCGACGGAUUCGGUAGCUUCGACGAGUCCGGAUAUGCUGUCGACGAGUCCGGCGGUAACGAAGACGAGUCCGGCGGUAACAAAGACGAGUCCGGAUGUGGCGUAAACGUCGUUCCGGCGCUGCUGCACCUGGCCAGAUGCGCGGUGCGCAAAGCGUUACACGAAAACUUCAGUCUGCCUCACGGCAUACCGCAGUUACCGGUGCCCAGGUCAUUGGUAUCGUAUUUAGAUCUCGAGUGUUGAUC